AUGUUCUACAAGAAAUGUGUACCAGACGUAGUUGUGAAAGAUGAGGACCCCAUAGAUCCGUGUGAACUCGAAAAAAAGAAGAGAGAACAAGCCGCUAAGAAAAAAUGUGUAAAAAAAGUAAUUUGUCCAACACCGCCAGAACCGGAGAAAAAGAUUUGCAAAAGUAAAGAACCAGCUUGUUUGUGUUUAGAAAAAAUCAAAAACCCACCAAUAGAUCCUAGUGCAUUCAAAUGCGAACAGACAACAAGAAAGAAGAGCGAAAAUCGCAGAGUGCAAGGCAAGAAUGAAAAGAUACUUAGAAUAAUGGCUGACGACAAAGAUAAACACUCAAACCACAGUCCACGUGGUUCUCGUGUUGACUCUCUUAUCGAUAGACUCAAUUUAGAAAUCCCGAAAGAUUCUGACGAUGAUUUAAUUGAAGGCAGAAGGCUAACUAUUCAUUCAACAAACCAUCGACAUGAGAUGUCUACUAACAGCUGUCACAAUAUUGAUAGAGAGAUAACUGAACUAGAAACCCUAAUUAAAAAGUUGCAAUCUGAAAUAGUUGAGAUGACAAAGUCUGCGAACAAACCACUGCCAAACUUUGAAGCAAACUUUCUAACUGAGAACGAUGAUGAGGAUGACGAUGCCGACGAAAACAUUAAUAUCAACAAGGAAGCAAACCAUUCACCAGUUAAAAAUGAUGAUGAGAAGGAUAAAAAGAGAGGUUUCAAACUUUCAAAAGGUCCACACAAUCCUGAUGUCUUUCCUAUAAUCAUAAAAAAUGAUAGUGUGCUAGAAGCACAGGCAAAAAUGUUUGCAGAAAAUAUGGCUAAUUUAAUAAAAAUAUCCGAUCCAGAAAAUGGCACUUUGGACGAUGUCAGACGCAAUUUUUCCAUGCUGUGGGAUGAUGAAGACGAUUUAGAUGACAUAGAGUCCAUUAGCGACAGUCCACCGAAACCUUUAAACGAUCCUUCUUUUAAACCGUCAGAUAGCCCUAAAACUCAUUUAAUAAAAAAUGUUUUUAUAGAGUCAUUGGAUGCUUUGAACAUUAACACUCAAGAAGAGCUUAAUGUUAAUUUUCCAGUAGACGUCAAAGAAGAACCUGAAAUUAAAACGAACGAUGAUGAUAAAAUACAAACAAAAUUGAAGGAUCCUGACUCUACAGACUCGAAUGGCAAUUCGUCUGCGGUUUUAGAUAAGCAAAAUCGUAACUCCACCAUAAUUAUGCAAGCUAAUACUCUUAGCAAUCCGCUUAAAGAUAAUAUUAAAAAGGUAAAUCAAGAAAAAGAUUCUGGGACCAACCAUUCAGUACCAACCCUAUCAAUAACCGACAAACCUACCGAAAUAAAAACGCAAAAUGCCAAAUGUUCAAUCUAUAAAACAAAUGAUGAUAACACACAAAAAAAAUUUAACGAUCUUGGCUCUACGGAAUUUAAUGGAAAAGCUUCAGUAACUUCAGGAAACCGAAAUCGUAAUCCCACCAUUAUUAUGCAAGCUAAUACUUCUGGCAAGCCGCUCAAAGAUAAUAUUAAAAAGGCGAAUCGUGAAAAAGAAACCGCCACCACAUCUCUAUUAGUAACCGAUACGUCCAAAGAAAAUAAAACAGAGAAGACAGGUCAUAAAACAGUCAUCAGAACUAUAAAAAAUGCAAUGCAAAACAUGCUUUCUUCUAGCGAUGAGAAUACAUCAAUUUCAAACAUAUCUGAUAAAUCUAGUGAAAGUUACAGUAUACUCAGAACUUUACGAAGAAUUGUUGGUAAAGACAGUACUAGGUCCAUUCAUAAUAAAGAUGAAAAGGAAACUCAACGCAAAAGCUCUUCAACACAUGUAAUAAAUAAACCUUCAUCACAAAAAGAAAGCAUAAUAAUAAAAGACAAUCCUCAGUCAAAUACACAAACUGUAAUACGAAACCUCUUACCCAAACUAAGUAAAGAAAUUGAUACUUCACCAGAAACAACACCAAAUAGUGCGAAGCGGAAAAGAAAUUAUGAAAUUGUGCCUCUGAAUAAUGUAAGCGAACCACCAGUUGAAACACAGCCCGCCUGCGCAAACAACAUGCCCUGCCCAACGGCACCAAGUGCCAGCAAUAGCGACUUUGCGAACUGCAUCAAAAAUAACAAAAUGCAAACACAAAUAACACUCAACACUCAGGGAACAAGUCCGCUGUUGAAAGAACUAGAAAACAAGAUGGAGUUUAUUGAAAAACCAGAGCCGAAAGCUGAUGAUAGCAGAGGCAGUACUCACAAUACAAUCCCUGCUGCUUUUAGCUCAAAUGUUGUUGUUGAAGAUGCGAAGACUGUUCUAAGAAAUUCCAGUAAAGCUGCAGUAAAGAAAGGUGGAGCGAUGGAGAACCAGGGUGUAAGUGAUGGACUGGCUGAAGGAGAUAUACACAACAAAUGUGAAUACGUGGGCAAUGAUGAUGAUACCUUUGAUGACGUAGAAGACGAUGAUGAUGAUGAUGAUGACGUGGACGAAGAAGGUGACAGUACUAAUCCACAUGAUGUAGACUAGAUACAAACUGAAAUAGACCAUCUGGGUAAUAAAUAA